GCCGAGUGGCUGGGGGCGCCGUCUGGGCGUGCGCCCCCAACCCAUGGCUGGCUGGUGGCGCCCGGCGCCCGGGAGCGACGCGCCCCUCGGCGUGGAGCGCUCCCAGGGGCUGCGCUGAGGCGGCGGCGGCGGCAACGGUGGCAAUGCAGCCAGCGCAGCGGCGGCCGGGACCGGGAACGGCCGCGCGGAUCUUGGAGGACGCGGGACGCGCCGCGCCCCGGCCACUGACCGAGAAGUGCCCCUGCCUGGAGUCAGCCUGGGGGCAGGCCAGGGUCCACCAGACCCCGGGAUGACCACAGCCAGCCGGGCCAACCCCUACAGCAUCGUCUCAUCAGAGGAGGACGGACUGCACCUGGUUACCAUGUCCGGCGCCAACGGUUUCGGCAACGGCAAGGUGCACACAAGGCGCCGGUGCCGCAACCGCUUUGUCAAGAAGAACGGCCAGUGCAACAUCGAAUUCGCCAACAUGGAUGAGAAGUCACAGCGCUACCUGGCUGACAUGUUUACCACGUGCGUGGAUAUCCGCUGGCGCUACAUGCUGCUCAUCUUCUCCCUGGCCUUCCUUGCCUCCUGGUUGCUGUUCGGCAUCAUCUUCUGGGUCAUUGCUGUCGCCCACGGAGACCUGGAGCCAGCCGAGGGCCGUGGCCGUACACCCUGUGUGCUGCAGGUCCACGGCUUCAUGGCGGCCUUUCUCUUCUCCAUCGAGACACAGACCACCAUUGGAUACGGGCUCCGCUGUGUGACUGAGGAGUGCCCGGUGGCUGUCUUCAUGGUGGUGGCACAGUCCAUUGUAGGCUGCAUCAUUGACUCCUUCAUGAUUGGUGCCAUCAUGGCCAAGAUGGCCCGGCCCAAGAAGCGGGCGCAGACUCUGCUUUUCAGCCACAAUGCUGUCGUGGCUCUGCGUGACGGCAAGCUCUGCCUGAUGUGGCGCGUGGGCAACCUUCGCAAGAGCCACAUCGUAGAGGCCCACGUGAGGGCUCAGCUCAUCAAGCCCAGGGUCACAGAGGAGGGUGAGUACAUCCCACUAGACCAGAUCGACAUUGACGUGGGCUUUGAUAAGGGCCUGGACCGUAUCUUCCUGGUAUCACCCAUCACUAUCUUGCAUGAGAUUGAUGAGGCCAGCCCUCUGUUCGGCAUUAGCCGUCAGGACCUUGAGACAGACGACUUUGAGAUUGUCGUCAUCCUAGAAGGCAUGGUAGAGGCUACGGCCAUGACCACGCAGGCUCGCAGUUCCUACCUGGCUAAUGAGAUCCUGUGGGGCCACCGCUUUGAGCCAGUGCUCUUCGAGGAGAAGAACCAGUACAAGAUUGACUACUCACACUUCCACAAGACCUAUGAGGUGCCCUCUACCCCCCGCUGCAGCGCCAAGGACCUGGUGGAGAACAAGUUCCUCUUGCCCAGUGCCAACUCUUUCUGCUAUGAGAACGAGCUGGCCUUCCUGAGCCGAGAUGAGGAGGAUGAGGUGGCGACAGACCGGGAUGGCCGCAGCCCUCAGCCGGAGCAUGACUUUGACCGACUGCAGGCCGGCAGUGGUGCCCUUGAGCAGCGGUCCUACAGACGGGAGUCAGAGAUUUGAGUGCCCUUGACUUGGGUACAGCACCGCCCUGACCACAAUAGGUCCCAGGUCCUUUGGGGACCUGGGUUUGAGCAGAGCAAGCCAAAUCCUCGGGCCACAAACUCUGUAGCAUCUUAGUCUUUCCAUGUUCUUUCUGCAAUAGCCUGGGGAAGUUGGUGAGAGAGCGGGUGACCAGAAUGAACGGCCCGUGGCCUCAGAUGUAUAUUUAUGGGCAAGGAGGUGGUGACCUCUUGGGGUGGUGACCUCUUGGGGUGGUGACCUCUUGGGGUGGUGACCUCUUGGGGUAAGGUGAACAGCAGGGGUAGAGGACUCUUCUGGAGGCCUCAGAAGCCGCUCAGGAGAGGUCCCAGCCCUGAUGGGAGAAAGUUGUGUGUGCACACCUCAUUGGUUUUUAACUUGGAUAAGACUGUUUACAAAAACAAAAAACAAAACAAAAAAAACCCCACAAAACACAAGAAAACACUAACAUGUGGUUGCAUUUUUUUAAAAUCUAUGGUGUGGGGACAGUUAGAAUUCUACUCCCAGCUGCCAGGCAAGCAGCUGGAUGGAGAGCCCGGAAGGUUCUCGGAGGUCUGGUGUCUCCCUUACGUGUCCUGCUCAAGGGUGAAUCAGGCUUGUGACCAUGUUAACGAUUCUAAUAAAGUGUCUGGAUGUCUCUGGGGGUGGGGGCCCACUAGGAUGAAUCUGGCUUGAUCAUUUGUGUUUGCCUUUGUACCUCAGCUGGAUCAGGGCUGGGUUUAGGACCCAGGGGAGGUCCCCUUCCGUGCCCCUGUUCCUCACUCCCUGUCUGCCCGAGGGUCUCCACCCCUUGCGGUGAGGGCCUGUAGGAAACACCAGAGUGGGUGCUUCUUAGGAAAGGACACUCAGGAAAUUAGCAUGGGGUCUGGUUCCCACGUUCCCAGGAAGUGGGUCAGCCCCACCCCCGUAGGACUCACAGUUUGAGUUGUGCCUUAGACACUCUGGUUGACUGGCUUCAGUCUUUUUGGUUUUAUCAGACUUGUCCAAUCCUUCCCUUCUGCCCCUAACUCCACUCCUGACACCCAGAAAGCCCCUCCC